GUAAUUAUACCGGUGACGAAAUCCGGAUGACAGAAGAGGUUGACGUAGGAACUGACGGUGGAUUAUUAGCUCAUAUUAGCUUUUAUCUCGAGUACCAACUGAUUUGGUUGUUUGCUCAAAGAAUACGCCGCCGCUGACGACGGUUCUAUGGUGACCGAGAAGUUAUCAAUGGCGACGACAGAAGACUACGAAAUUGAUGAGAAAAAACAAGCUGCUGCUGAUGUACUGUUCCACUAUUCAAAGUUUGUUAUGGCUUGUAUCGGGAAUCAAGCUCGACCUUGUGACUUGAGAUUGCAUUUGUUGAAGGAGAUUUCUGGGUUGCCUACUACUUUGAAGAGAGAAUCGUCCUCUCAAGGAACAGCUUCUCCUGAUCCAAUGGGCGAGUCAUCAAGCUCAGGCACAGAUCUUCUUGAUUCUUAGGUGAACCUGAUCACACUCUAGGAUAUUGAACUUAAAUUAGGGCAUAUCUAGUUGCUCCUGCCACAAGGGAGAAUACCAGCAGCUUAUGGGUCAGCUGUAGCAGACUUAUCUUUGAGCUUGAAUGUAAGUGGAAAGUUCUUCACUGGUCUGGUCACCAUUGUUGGUGUGAGUCUUCUUACAACAUGAAAAUCAAGACAUGGUAGCACUAAUAAACUAGCAACAAGUAAUGUUGUAGUUCACUAGUUUUCCUUUGAAUUAGACUCCGCUUCUUGUGAUAUAAAUUAGUGAGUUUUAAAAUAUCUUGUAAAAUGUGUUUAGCUUUAUUAUUACUGUGGAGAAUAUCUUGUACCUAUGUAUGUAUUUAUUGUUAGUGCAUAAAAUAUUAUUGUUUUGACAUCA